AUGACUCGUCUGCGUGCAUCGCGACUGUCAUCCAUCCUAUUUUCCUGCCCGAAACGAAUACACACUUCAAGAACACGCUACACGAUUGCCCGGCGCUCCCCUACCAUGACAUCCGAGUCGCCCCGUCCGAACCUGGAGCCUGUCCUUGAUCGACUCGCCUCUCUCGAAACACAAAUUGAGGAGCUUCGGUCCAUUGGUGGCAACGCAGGCCUUUCCAUCGGAGUGGCCCACAAAGGCACCAGCAUCUUCGAGAAACACUUUGGCUUCCGAAAUGUCAACUCCGCCACGCCACCAGAUAGCGAGACCGUCCAGCACAUUGGUUCGAUGACCAAGGCCUUUGUCGCGGCCGCGGCCGCGUCCCUGGUAGAGGACGGCAAGCUGUCCUGGGAGACACCCCUCGGCGAGAGUGGCGUUGUCCCGCUCUUCUGCGAGUCCAACACGGAGCCCGAGAACAAAUCUCUUCCACAGGUGAAUCUGUUGGAUCUUCUGGCACACCGGCUGGGUGUUGCCAUGAAGCAGAGCUACUGGCAUCUAAUGUCUACCGCUCUUCUCUCCGAAAAGGCCAACACAGCCCACAUUGUCUCCAAGUUGCCUCCCGUGGCCGAGUUUCGGUCCAAAAUGUCGUACAACAACUGGGGAUACGCCCUGGUGGGACAAGUCAUCGAACAUGUCUCUGGCCAGGACCUUGGCCAGUUCAUAGCCCAGCGCUUCUUUGAGCCUCUGGGCUUGAAGAACACGACGCUCGGCAAACCCUCGAGCGAAAAUUACGCUGCAUCAUACAUGGCACUCAGCGACGGAACCCCUUUCCAGGUGGAACACCCGCCUCUGAACUCCGGUACCGUCAUGGCCCCCGCUGGUGCCAUGAAGUCUACCAUGAGCGACAUGCUUGUCCUUUAUAGCGCUCUCCUCGAGGCUUUCCAGAACCAGUCGCUCUCUGAUGCUACAUCGAAGCAUACUUCGCCCUUUCGUCAAGCAACGGCUUUGUUUGCCAAACAUUCCACCAUACAGCCAGGCUCGGCUUAUGGAAUGGGCUGGUGUCUAACCGAGCUACCCGAUCAGGCGGGAUUGGUUGGUGUUAAUUCGUACGAAUCCCCUGAUGGCAUGCCGGUAAUUGGAAAAGAUACCAAGCCGCAGCGCCUCUUUUAUCACAACGGUGCAAUGUGCGGGGCUCUGAGUGCCGUCUAUCUUCUCCCUGACAGUGACUUUGUCGUCGUUGUCCUCGGAAACUCUUUCGAUCUUUAUGAUACCCCAGAUUUCGCCGCUCAGCUUGUAAUCGAGGCAAUCAUUGGAGUUCCAAACCCUGUCGACUUCAUACCGAUUGCCAAGAAAACCGUUGCCAAUGCAUUGUCACACCACCCGGACAUGAAUGCGCAGCUCGAGAAGGAGCGCACCCAGGGAACGAGUCCAAAAGCCCUGUCCGAGUAUGCCGGUUACUACACCUCUGCAGAGGGCAGCGACUACGGCUUUCAAGUUUCAGUUCUGCAGGAAAAGCUUCGCGUCAACAUCCAGGGGAUCGCGGAUGUCUUCUAUGACCUGGAGCAUUACGAGCACGACGUCUUCGCCUUCUACUGUGACAGAGAUGCGGAAUCGAAAAGGAUGAUUUAUCCGAACGCUUCCAUCAUGAUGCACAAAUUCUUCUUCGAGGCUGAUGAGCAGGGAAAGGUGCUACACGUGCGUUGGGCCCAUGACUUCACCUAUCCAUCUGGGGAGCUUUUCAAAAAAGGACGUGCCCCGAGCACUUUGAAGCUAUAG